AUCGUGACGAAAAAUCUAAAUACCGGUAAUUGCACAUCUCUAAUAGAGAGAGAUUCUCUAUGUAUGGCACAUCCCUAGUUUGUCAGUUGUCUGUCUUGUCUUGUCUAUGACCAGGGGAUUCCCUGUUUCUUCUUUAUUAAAUGUUUUGUUUUGUGACUGAUAAAUGGAUGAUUGAACAUGUAAUGCAUGCAUUGGCUUCGUUCGUUGUUGUUCGUAGUUAAUUAGUAGAUCCAAGUUUAAAAAGUUGUGUUUUGUUUCUGUCGCAAAGUAACGAUACGAUUUUGUGCAAAUAUGGAAAAAUAGUUAUUUAAAGGUCCAAACAAAAAUAAAGAAGAUAGUCCUAAGCUUAAACGUAAAAGAGAAUCUGGGCUCGAGUUAUCGGAGGCGUCAACUUCUAGUACAGAAGGAAAUGCCGCUCCAAUUUCAAGUUUGACUUCAGUAAAUUUGACGACAAGUGAGUCAAAUAGUACACAGAUCCUAAAAAUGAAACGCUUGAAUAAAUUUAAUGAUUUGUGGCUUAACGAACCAAACUUCUCAAGCUGGUUAUGCAAAAAUUCGAAUAUGAGAGAUGGAAAUGAUUUAGCAAAUUGUAAACUCUGUUCGGUGUCGAUCCUAGCGCAUAAAAGUGACUUGAUUCGACAUGAAUUCAGAACGCCAUAAGAAAAAAGUAUCAGAAGUAAAGAACGUUCCCAAACUUUCAACGUGCUUGCCAGUGACGGAACCAAAGCAACAGCUAUACUUAAGAAUGUUUUAGGAAACACAUUUUUAGAAGAUAUAAAUCAAAAAUUACGUACAGAAAAAAAUUUCUUCUCAUUAAUUAUGGAUGAAACGACGGAUCAGAGCUCUUUAAAACAAUGCUGUUUUACUGCUGUAAUCUAUGAUGAAAACACCAAUCGGGUAAAACACUUGUUUUUGGAGAUGGUGGAAGUGUCAUCAGGAACUGCUGCGGGACUGUAUGACUGUUUGAAACAAAUGCUUCUAAAUAAAAACAUACCCAUAGAAAACAUGGUUGGAUUUAGUUCAGACACCAUAAACGUAAUGGUUGGGGAACAUAAUUCCGUUUUUGCUCUUGUUAAGACCGAUUUACCUCACAUUGCUCUGGUGAAAUGCUCCUGUCACAUGAUACACUUAUCAUCAUCGAAAGCUUGCCUCAAAUUACCCCGAAAUGUUGAAGAUUUCUUCCGUUCUGUUGGAGCGCACUUCAGUAGAAGUUCAAAAAGGCAAAUAAAAUUGAAAGAGUUUCAAGAAUUCUUUCAAGUGGAAAUACACAAAAUUCUCGGGCCAGUUCAGACUCGUUGGCUGUCCCUGAAAGCGUGUGUAGACCGUGUGUUAGAGCAAUAUAUUCCAUUAAAAGCCUACUUGACAGAAACAGUGUUCACUGAUCCAUCGAAGACUACCGAAGAAAUGCUCAUUACAAUGAACAACCAAUUCACUGUCGUAUAUUUAGAAUUCAUGUCUUAUGUACUUUCACUGGCAACAACAAGCUUCAACACCUUGUUUCAAUCAGAAACAGCCCUUCUUUACAAAAAUCUUUUGAAAACACUCUCUGCUAAUUUCAUGAGAAUGAGCUACAUCAAGUCCUGUGCUAAUAUUUUAAAUGCUGACUUCAGAAAUCCAACACACUUGCUAGGUUUAGACGAAAUAUAUAUUGGAUUACAGGCUGGAGAAAGUAUGCAAGAUUUGAAAAAAGAUGAAAAUGUACCUCGUGCAGCUAUUACAGAUUUCUUUAAGACAUGCCAAGAAUUUGAUAUGGAAUCUAUGUCGGACAUUAUUAAGCGAUUUGAUUUCGGAGAUCCUUUAUUUUCUAUUAUAUCUGUUUUAAAUCCAUUAGAAGCUCAACAGUUUAAAAUUAAAUCACUGGUGCCUGUACUGGAGCGAUUUCCAGUGCUUUAUAAAUUUGUGAUAGCACAAAAAUUGGACGAUGAGUGGCGAGUUCACGCUAUGCUGGAUUUUCAUCAACAUGGGCUUGAAGUUCAUGGAGAUAACAUUGAUGCUGAAUGUUACUGGGGUAAAGUGUUUUGCAUGAAAAACGCUGAGGGAGAAUACCUGUUUUCAAACAUGAAAAUUGUUAUUUCAUUAUUUCAAAUAUUGCCUUUUUCAAAUGCAUCAGUCGAGCGCAAAUUUAGUGUCCUUAAAAAUUUAAAAACUGAAAACCGCAAUAGAUUGAAUACAGAUACUGUAGUAUCAUUAAUGGCUACAAGGGAAGGGAUUAAAAAACUGGGCGGCAGUGUCAAGUUUAACCCUUCGAACAAAAUGCUUUCGACUAAUAUAUGGAAAAAAAUAUAAGAGAUAAACAAUAAAUAUUAUUUAAAUUA